UCUUAGUCGGUCACAAUGUCAUUACUGGUCAGUAUUUUACCCGCCUCCUGGGCCCAGUAUUCUUGGUCGGUCACACUUUCAUUACUGGCCUGGUGUUCACUACUACUGCCUGAGGCAGGACUAGGCUGUGCUCUCUGUGCUGGUAGUCUAGCGCUAACUGCAUAUUUAGAUCUGAUUCAGCCUGGAUAUCCGUCCUGGUUUAGAGCGCUCAGAUUUAUUCUGUCUACGGGUGCAGUUCUCUCCCUACUCGCCACUCUCUUCUGCAUAUUCACCCUAGGACCUAAGAAGCAGGCCAGUGAUUAUCUCUCAUAAAUAUACAAAUAUAUAAUAUAUAAAUUUUAAUAUGUUUCAGA